CGCCAAGCACGGCCAGAGCGUCCCUAGCACCGGUACAGAAGGACGCGGGCGGAUCUCUUCCGCCGGACUCGAGUGACAGUUCGACAAAAGAUACGAGAUGAGGUCGUUAUUCUUGUUAGCGGCGAUCUGCUGUUUAGUGUUGUCGGCAUGGGCAAGCCCCAUUGUGAGGUCAGAGGAGCAGGAUAAGGAAGUGAGUAGACAAGCGGCAGCGGCUGCAGCUGCUCCCGCCGCUCCUGCUGCAUCUGCCGAUGACGAUGACGAUGAUGACGAUGAUGAUGAUGAUGACGACGAUAUAGACCUCGAUGAUGCUCUUGCAGGAGAUGAUGAUGAUGACGACGAUGAUGAUGAUGAAGAAGAAGAUGAUGAGGCAGAUGAUGACGACGAUGAUGAUUAUUUGGAAAGAUUCUUCGAUGACAUCUUAGGAGGCGAAGACGAUGACGACGACGAUGACGACACCGGUGUGGUACAACCAGUGGUCGCCCCAAGUGACACAGUAGCCGCUGCGCCCGCACCCGCUGUUGAUGAAGUUGCUGCUGCCGCUGAAGAUGCAGAAGCAACGGAACCAGAAGCUGCUACAGAUAGUGAUGAAUUAGAAGGAGGACAAAAAGAACCCGCUAGCGCUGAGGCGGAAGCUCCGGCUGAAGCCGCUGCUGAUGCUGAAGCCGAGGAAGACGACGAUGAAGAGGACGAUAUCGCUGAUGCCCUUGACCCUGAAGAUGACGAAGAUGACGAAGAAGAAGAAGAUGAUGAUGAUGACGAAGAUGACCUCACAGACGCCCUUGGAAGGAAUAUCUCCGCUAAGCAUCCACGAGCUCUAUCCAACGAGCCAACUAAAAAACCAACGCCGGUGCCUGCAAUGUACAUAGUCAAGUACAACAGAUUUGUCGACAACAUAUUGGAGAAGAUGAAUGAUAUACUAAGAAAGUCUUAUGACCCUGUCAGUGUUAAGCUUCAGCCGAUCGACGCUAACAAGAAAAGCUCAAAGCCAAAGGACAAAAAUAAGAAUAAGAAAAAAACUAAUAAAAGGAAGUCAACACAUAAGAAAAAGAACAAUGCUCGUGCCGGCGCCGCUGAAAAGACGAAAGAAAAAUUGGAAAUGCUCCAAACUGAAAACCCUGAAGUGGCUACUGUCAAGAAAUUUGAAGACGACCAAGUUACUGUAGCUGAAAUUAACAAUGGAAUAAUUGAAAAGACACAAAACGUGACCCCAGAGUCUAGAGCAGUUAAGGAAAAACUUGAAAAGGCCAAACCUACUACAAUUAGAACGAAGCCUCCCGUAAAGGCAUCGAAACCCAAACCUAAACCAAAACCACCAACAAAAACGACAGCAAAGAAACCAGUUAAUAAGAACAAGACAAAAACACAAAGUGAAAAAAAUAAACCCAGAGCUAAAGGAACACUAUACGGUCUGUCGACGUUGAAGAGAACUGACGAUGUUGCAGUCAGCAUUAUGUCGGAUCACACAACAGUCAAGAGUAACUUUGCAAUAGGACCGCUUAUUUUGAGAGUAGAGAAAGAGGUUGGUAGAGGAGCUAAAAAGGAACUAAAAUCAGCGACAGCUACAACAGCUGAGAUGACAGGAAAACUCACUCUUAGAGUCAAUAACCAGGGUGUAGCUACGUUGCAUUCCAUCAAAGUCCUUCAACCAAAGCAGGUACGCGUAGAUAGUAAUCACGAACGCACCCGCGAACUGGCGUGGCGACGCAGCGCGAGGAUAGCUCACGUGGUUUCCGAAAAACUUCGAUCUGCGUCCAAACCCAUGUUCCAUUAUGCCAUAGCUCAAUAAUUUGUGAAGCUUACGUUCCAAUCAUAGGCUAUUAUAAUUGAGACUGUAUAAUAUUCAAGAAUAUGCAUUUAUUAUUAUUUAAGGUGAUAGUUUAAUGAAUUUAUUAGUUAGUGUCUAUGGAGACGUACAUAUCUAUUUGAAACGAAUUUUGGUACAUUUAGGAUGUCAUUUAUUUUAAUUAUAGUAAUUGAAUAAAAAAAUAUACGAUUAAAUUGAUUGGAAACGGUAUGUUGAGGUACCUAAGCUAAGUAUAAUUGUAAUCAAGUAUCUACUGAUUUAUAUGAUACUCAUUAUUUCAUAGUCAGAAAGUGCAUUUAUAACUUUACAUUUAGUUCAUAUGGUGCUAAGAAACUAUAAAUGAAA